GGCGGAGUCCGUCCAGUGCUGACGUUGGCAGCCGAACCCGAAGUAGUUCGAGGCUACGGGCAGCGCUGCUCGGUUGUUGCGUUGCGUUUCCUUCCUCUUUCACUCCACGCUCCCGGCGGCGGCCAGAGCGGCGGCGCGAGAAUAUCCCGGCGGCCUGCUUGUCGUCCCGCGUGCCCGCUUCUCGGCCGGCUGGUCCGGCGUCGUCAGUCGGCGGCCCGACGCCCGGCUAGCGCUCGGCACCCGAGUUCGCCUCGCUCAGGCCCAGCGGCCGGAGCUAGCGCCCCGCCUGAGAGCCUUCUAGCUCCGGCAGCGCAGGCACCGGGACCAGAGCGUCGCAGCGGCCCGAGGGGAGGCGAGCUAGCGAGUCUAAGGGGUGGCUGAGGCAGGUGGUGGCGCCGUGAAGAUGGUCGCCAAGCAGCGAAUCCGUAUGGCCAACGAGAAGCACAGCAAGAACAUCACCCAGCGGGGCAACGUCGCCAAGACUUCGAGAAAUGCUCCCGAAGAGAAGGCGUCUGUAGGACCCUGGUUAUUGGCUCUCUUCAUUUUUGUCGUUUGUGGUUCUGCAAUUUUCCAGAUUAUUCAAAGUAUCAGGAUGGGCAUGUGAAGUGACUGACCUUAAGAUGUUUCCAUUCUCCUGUGAAUUUUAACUUGAACUCAUUCCUGAUGUUUGAUACCCUGGUUAAAAACAAUUCAGUAAAGCAUCCUGCCUCAGAAUGACUUUUCAUAUCAUCCUUCAUUUGUCAUUCCAAGGUUUCUCCAUGAGUCAUUCCAAGUUUUCUAGUCCAUACCACAGUGCCUUGCAAAAGCACCACAUGAAUAAAGCAAUAAAAUUUGAUUGUUAAGCUAUAGUAGUGGACCCUACUUAUUCAGUCAGUAAAGAGUAAGUUUUCUUAAUGUGGUUGUUAAAACCCUAUCCAGUAUAGAUAAUUAGAUUAAAUCUAUGUAGACAGAGUCUAGAUUUUGUUAACCCUAAUGUGUAUAUGCAAUUAGUUUAAUUUAAAAUUUGGAGUCAUGGUUUUUAUAUAGUUAGGCACUUUAUUACUAUAUCUUGAAUUGAAAGCACACUCCCAUAUAGGGUAAUGUCACUGUCCUGUAAUAAAGUGCUUAUAAAUGGAACAACUACACAGUUAGCCUCGUUUUCCCAUAAUCUUUAGCACCUAAAAUUUUUUAAAAGCUUCUAAAUGCCUAAUAUAAAAGGAGAUGCUUAUAGCUACAAUAUCUAUUUUAACAAUAUUAUUUCUAUUACACUACCUUGGAUUUUGCAUGAGUAGUUAUACUAAUGUAAAAUGCCAUAAGAAAACUUGGUUGAGCAUUUUGUAACUUAAUCAGUAACUUCAGUUUCACUAAAAGCUACCAUGUGGAGUAAAGUCAGGGAAAGUUUAUGUCACCGUUGAUUUUACCAUAAUUAAUAUAUCAAAGGGGUCUACUAUGCUAGACAAUAUUUUGGGGAAAAAUACUACUAAAAGUGGAUGUUUCAAUAGGACAUCCUGAUGAGUCUAAUGUGCCAUAAGACAUCUUAGCACGUUAAUAGCACUUUUAAUACCAAAAAGGCACAUCAACUAAAAAGUUACUUAGUUUGGAAAUAAUUUUCUGGGUUUAUGAUUAAAAUUUUGGUAGGGCACUAGAUACAUCAGACUAAAGUGCCAUCUGGAAUUAAAUGGAUUUGCUGAUAAGGAUCAGUCUUUAGUCUUCCCUUUGUUGUAUAAUUUUAUAGGUUAUGAUUGAUCAAAGUUUCUUUUUACUAAUGGUAAGGGUGAGAAGGCAGGUUUUAGGUUUUCUGAUACUGUUGAGAAUUGUAAGUUUUGGCUGUUUACUUAGCCAUAACUUGAUUAAAAAAAAAAAAAAAAGCCUGAGAGGUGUCUAUGUAUCAAUGAAUUGGAAAGAAAGCUGCUUGUUUGCUUUGUUAAUUGCCUCAGGAUAUCUCUUUUAAAAUAAGCUGUUUUAAGAGGAACAGAAGGGAAAUGUACCUAGUCAUACACAUUGUGAACCUCAGAGUUUCUGAUACCCCUCAAUAUAGGGGACGAGUGAGGGAGAGGAGUAGUUAAGGAUGCUUAGGAACUUGACUACUCUAAAACAGGAAAGGAAGGAAUCAGCUGACCUUGGGCCAGCAGGUUUUUAUCUGCAGUUACCUGCCUUUCUCACCCAGGAAAUAAACACUUGUUUCCCUAUGAAGCAAGUGUCUUGAUUGACUAAUUCUAUUUUAUUAUAACUUUAAAAAUGAAAGUUACUGUUCUAAAUUUAUAGCAGGUGCCUUAUUCUUUGCAUUGAGUCAAACCAUUCCGUAUAAAAAUUUCCCUUGGUUUACUAUAAAUAAUUGGCUUUAAGAUGUUAGGGUUUUGUUGUUUUUUUUUUUUUAAGUUGUACAAUGUCUUUAUUGAUUUGACUGUUAAAUUGCUACAGCUAGCAAUCAUUUUACAUAUGUAAAGUUGCAUUCCUUUUGUAUUUCAUGUGUGAUUUCCUAAUUGAGUACAUUUUAUAUUAAGGAUGGAUUAUGCAUGUUUGGGUCAAUGAAAGCUAUGUCUUGAUUUAUCCUUUAAAAAUAAAGUUCCCAGAAUAUUUGAUUCCUUCUGAAAGGAAAUGA